AUGGUAGCCAUCUCUAAAUGUCCCUUUAGCCUCCGCAAUAAAGUUGAUUCUUAUAUUUGGGCUCCUGAAACAUCGAGACAUUUCACUGUUAAAUCUGCAUAUCACUUGGCUAUGUCUUUGCAUAGUUCUAGUUUAGUGGGUGCAGGACAAAUUUGGAGAGAAAUUUGGCACUGUAAAACUCUUCCUAAAAUCAAUCAUUUCUUAUGGCACUGUUGUCGUGACAUUCUUCCAUUGGGUUCCACACAUCUUCAUAGACGUUUCACUGAUGAUGCAAUAUGCCCUCGUUGUGGUGUGGAGGAGGAGACUAUUCUCCACUUCUUUUUUAAAUGUCCUCAUUCCUUGCAGACUUGGAAGCGAACUCCACUUCGCUUGGAUUUUUCUAAUUUGAAAGCUCGAAACAGGUUGGUUUUUGAAGGUGCUCUCUGGCAUCCUUCAUUUGUGGCCUCCAAGGCGGUUCAAAGUUUCUGGGAGUUUUUUGACGUACAGAAGUGUUGUUUGAAUGUGCAUUUGACUCUUAAACCUUCGGUUUCCCCUCUUUCUUGGUCUCCUCCCCCUUUCGGCAAAAUCAAGUGCAAUGUUGAUGCAUCUUUUUUCCAUUCAACCGGCCUUGGGGGAGGGGGAGCUAUUUUCAGAACUUCAGACGGCUUGGUUCUUAAAGCAGUUGUUUUUAAACAGUUUUCGGCUUCAUCUCCAUUGGUGGCUGACGCAUUGGCUUUUAGACUUGCUGUCAUGUGGGCUCGGGUUUUUGAUUUUCAGCACGUCUGGUUUGAAAGUGAUGCUCAAACUCUUGUGGAAGCUUUGCAUGUUAAGGUGUCUCAUGUGCGGAGGCAAGGUAAUCGAGCAGCCCAUGCCCUUGCAUCACUCUCUUCUUCAUGCUUGUGUGCUGAUUCUGUAAUCUCCCAUUUUCCGGCGGAGGCAAUAAGCAGCAGCUGGGCCUCACCACCUGACCCAACACCUGGAACUGAUAAGAUAUGGGCCCCAAUAGUCCUAUUAACCCCACCCCCAUUUCUGAAAAAAGAUCUUAACCGUAGAUGCUGUAAACGUGAGAUUCAUGGCCGAUAUCAUCCUAUCACACCAUGA